UCAGCCUAGUCGUGUUGACAUUGAUAACGAAUGUUCGAUUUAGUAUGAAUGCUCAACUUACCCAUUUUGGAUGAAACAAAAUUUUUUUAACUAAAUUUAUUUUAUAGCUUCAUUAUCUAAGAGUCAUGAGAAAUUUAAAUAUUUUUCUCUUGUUAUGUGCGUUAUUUGGAAUGGCAUUUUCAAAGUUUUGUCCAAGGAUAGGACUAGAAGACGUUGAUUGGGUAAAGUUUAGUCAACUCGAGGCAACAUGGUAUGAUGUAAUUGACAAUCCGCAGUACGAAUACCUAAUUGAUUGUUGGGAUUGGAAGAGUUUUGUAGCAAUCGGAGAUGGAUUUGCAAUGAAUGCAACUAUGUAUGCCCAAGGUCGACCGGUAGAGAAACAUUUAGAUGUUUACCUGCAUUUCAUUCCCAACGAAGAUGGAACUUAUUCCGUCAACCAGGCUCACAAAUCAGCAUACGCCAGUAGAGUUAAAGAAUCCAUUUCUCAUAAAGCUGAUGAAGAUAUACUGAAGGCCGCUGAUGUUGUUGCUGACAUCAUUUUCUCGGCAAAAUACUUCUUCGUAACAAACUACAAAACCUAUUUCAUUGUUGCACAAUGCGAUUCAGAAGAAGGUAUGACCAUUUUUGUUAAAAAUAGAAGAGUACGACCAAAUGGCCAGGAUAUUUUGAAUGUAUGGAAUUUACUGAUCGAAAACCAGGAAACUCCUAGAGAAGACAUGGUCUUCAAGCAAACGUGCAUCAACAGAAAUUAAAAUCGUGAAGGAUACUACGUUACAUUAUCACGACGUGUGCGUGAUUUUUUUGAAUAAAUUCUCGCUGAUUUACUUUUUAUGUACCCUUCCAUUCAAGUAUUGUUCUAGGAGAGAAAGUAUACAGUUUGAUCAAUUAGCUAAUGGCAGGCAUCAUUAGACGGUGUAUUUGAAAUUGAGAAAAUAAUGUCACUGUGUUCAUUCGGUCCUCGUAGGUCAUCGAAGAUUCAUAAUGCAAUUUCGGAUGUGGACACAAAAUUCAGACCCGGCAAAAAAAACAUUGAAUGAUGAUUCCGCAUAAUAGUAUAUAGAAACUACAAUAUAUAUAACAUAUUGAGUAUAUAUAAAUGAUACUGUUAAUUUGGAAAAUCUUUCAAUUUCCGUUCUACAAAUGGCGCAAUCCUAUCUAUUUUACACUGGAUGGCGUCGAAUACUGUAUUAAACUCUUUAUAUACAAA